AUGCUAUGUCAUUUGAUGAUGUUGCAUGAGAUUCGUGAUGUGGUGGCGACCAGGGAUGGGAGGUUACGGUUCGAGUUACAGAACGGGGUCGUGGAAUAUGGUGAAACCGAAUUUUGUUUGAUAAGCGGAUUGAGAUAUGGACCUUAUGUUGAUGUAAUCAAUACAAAAUGCAACAAAAAAAAUUGUAUUACAGAAUCAGUUGUUCCCAAAUGUAUCAUAGGAUGGGAUACAGAUAUGUGCAUUCCGUCGGUAGUGUAUGAGCUCGCCGAUAAUGUAUAUAAUUGGAAUUGACUUUGCAUGGAGUGGAGUCUCCACCGAUGCAACAGACCCCCUAAACAUCGGUCUCUAUCAGCUCAACACUCUCAGUUUCAGCAAGCAGAUUACAUCAUCUCACCUUCUCAUGUUUGGGAAGCAGACCACAUCAUCUCACAAGAAAGUAAAAUAUACAAGUUAAUGGGUGUUGUUAAUCAUUUGACAACCACAAUCGAGCACUUUACGAAGAAAUUGACAAAUGGGAAAACAAAAGACAAUUUGGUGUGA